ACACACCAUGAUCCGGACACUGCUGCUCUGUACCCUGGUGGCUGGAGCUCUCGGGUUCCCCACUUAUGAGGUCCAGGAUGAUUUGGGCAGGGUAGUUGGGGGUCAAGCGGCCUCACCCAACAGCUGGCCCUGGCAGGUCUCCCUGCAGUACCUUUCCUCCGGAAGAUGGUACCACACAUGCGGAGGCUCCCUGGUGGCCAACAACUGGGUUCUGACAGCUGCCCAUUGCAUCAGCAACUCUAGGACUUACCGUGUGCUGCUCGGCCGACACAGCCUCUCCACCGCAGAAUCCGGCUCAGUGGCUGUUCAGGUCUCUAAGCUGGUGGUCCAUGAGGGGUGGAACCCCCAGCUGAUCUCCAAUGGAAACGACAUUGCCAUGCUCAAACUGGCCAGCCGAGUCUCCCUGACCAGCAAGAUCCAGACAGCUAAACUCCCAGCUGCUGGCACCAUUCUCCCAAACAACUACCCCUGCUAUGUCACAGGCUGGGGCCGGCUGCAGACCAACGGGGCCAGUCCUGACAUCCUGCAGCAGGGCCGCCUGCUGGUUGUGGACUAUGCCACCUGCUCCAGCGCUAGCUGGUGGGGGAGCUCCGUGAAGACCAACAUGGUAUGCGCUGGUGGUGACGGCGUGAUCUCCAGCUGCAACGGGGACUCUGGCGGACCACUGAAUUGCCAGGCAUCUAACGGCCAGUGGCAGGUGCAUGGCAUCGUGAGCUUUGGCUCUUCUCUGGGCUGCAACUACCCCCGCAAGCCAUCUGUCUUCACCAGGGUCUCCAACUACAUCAGCUGGAUCAACACGGUGAUGGCAAGAAACUAACCAAAGAUGUCUUUGGAGCUGUCAUCUUGGAGUCACCGAAGGAAAACAGAAAUAAAAUGACUAUAUGAAUCACA